UGACAUGUUUUUAUAAUGUGAAUAACACAAUGUGUUUGUAAAAUAAUUAGAAAUUAGAAGAUAUAUUAAUAUUACCGUAAUAAAUAAAUCUGUGUUAGGAUUCAAUACAUAUUGCAGAAUGCUUAACAUACAGAAUUAUGGUAGCAGUUCUGAAGAUGAUGGAGAUGACAAUUCAAAGAGUAGUAAACAACACAGCAACGAAGAAUUGUUGACGCACUUGAAACCAAUAGAUCCAAAGCUAUCAUUGGCAAAAAAGAUGCAGAUAUGUGCUGCACCGGUCGUGACUCCUACGAAUAAUGAUGACACUAGAGUAUUAAUCAAAGACAAUCAAGAACUAAUGCACAAUCCAAAGUAUGAAGAACUAUUUGCUCCUACAUUUGGUCCAGACAAUCCAUUUCAAACUCAACAGAUGAAGGCAAAUAGAAAUAUGCUAUCAGGAUAUGUUGAAAAGGCACAUAUAAGCGAAUUUCAGUUUGAAAAUCAAAGACGGACAUUUGCGAGUUACGGUUAUGCUGUGGAUCCAUCUACUGAUGGUGAGACUGGCACAGGAGAUGCUAUUGUAGUUUCAGCUAUGAUACCGGCACUGGUGGAAGCAGAAGGUAAAACUGUAUUUGAGACAAUAAAGAAGAGGCCUUUAGAUAACCGGAAAAGAAAUAAAAAUGAUGAUCCAAAUGAUGUUAAUGGUUUUCUUGGACCUUGGGGUGGAUAUGUUGAUGAAAAAAGAGUAAUGAAGCCUGAAGGUGAUGAAGCUAAGGAAUUGGAAGAGAUAUUGGCUAAGAGACAAAAGAAGGGCAAAGUGGAUGAUGACAAACCAUUGGAGGAGAAAUCUAUAUUUCAUUUGGAUCAAGCGACUGAUUAUCAAGGAAGGUCCUGGCUGGAGGCUCCACGCAGUGAAACCCAGUUGCGCAGUGAUACUCCACCUGAUAAAUGUUUCCUGCCAAAGGCGCAUAUCCAUACAUGGAAGGGUCACACGAAGGGUGUGGCAGCAGUACGCUGGCUGCCCUCCACAGCACAUCUCAUGCUCUCCGCAGGCAUGGACUGCAGGGUCAAGAUCUGGGAGGUGUACGGAGAGAGGCGCUGUGUUCGUACAUACUUUGGCCACCGUCAAGCUGUCAGAGAUGUCAAUUUUAACAACGCCGGUGAUAAAUUUCUUUCGGCUGCUUAUGACCGCUACAUAAAGCUGUGGGACACUGAGUCUGGGUCAUGCGUGUCGAGGUUCACCUCCCGCAAAGUGCCCUACUGUGCAAAGUUUCAUCCCGACGCAGACAAACAGCAUCUCUUUGUAGCUGGUACAUCUGAUAAAAAGAUUGUCUGUUGGGACAUCAGGAGUGGUGAAGUGGUGCAGGAAUAUGACCGUCACUUGGGUGCUGUCAACACAAUCACCUUUGUUGAUGAGAACAGACGCUUUGUCACCACAUCGGAUGACAAGAGUCUCAGGGUAUGGGAAUGGGACAUCCCGGUAGACAUGAAGUACAUAGCAGACCCGUCCAUGCACUCCCUGCCCGCAGUGACAGCAUCUCCCAACGGCAAGUGGCUGGCCUGCCAGUCCAUGGACAACAAGGUGAUCGUCUUCAGCGCCCUCAACCGCUUCAAGAUGAACAGGAAGAAGACCUUCAGCGGUCACAUGGUCGCCGGGUACGCCUGCUCCGUCGACUUCUCGCCAGAUAUGAGCUAUCUGGUGUCAGGUGAUGCGGACGGCAAGUGCUACGUGUGGGACUGGAAGACGACCAAGUUGUACAAGAAGUGGAAGGCACACGACGGUGUUUGCAUCUCCGCGCUGUGGCACCCUCACGAGCCCAGCAAGCUGCUCACCGCAGGCUGGGACGGGCUCAUCAAGUAUUGGGAUUAAAUAAAACA